AUGGCCACUUCGCAGCCGCAGCCGCAGCCGCAGCCGUGCCGGCCGAAGCGCUCAGCUUGUCGCACUCCAUUGCUGCCGGAGUCGCCGUUGCAGGUGAAGGUGGUGGGGCUCUUCAAAAGCUCCAGCUUUCAGAUGUCGAAGACCAUUGCUGAGACUCUGAAAUAUAAGUACCCAUCCAGAUUUGAAGAUCCUGUGAUAGUUCCUCUUCAAGAAUUUGCUUGGGAUCAGUAUCUACAGGAGAAAAAGAGGGAACUGAAGGGUGAAACCUGGGUAUAUUCCUCCUAUGUGAUGUGUUUUGUUAAUGAUCAACUGCUGGGUAACGCAUUUGACCUGAAGAAGUGGGCCCAGAAGGUGUGGGAUGUGGUUGAUGUCCGACCCUCUGCACUGUAUGAAGCACUAACUUUGGAUUAUUCCACCAAGUUCUUAAAAGACACCAAGCAUGAUUUUGUGUUUUUGGACAUUUGUAUUGAUCUUUCUCCAAUUGGAAGACUGAUUUUUGAGCUAUAUUGUGAUACGUGUCCCAAAACAUGUAAAAAUUUUCAGGUCUUGUGCACAGGAACAGCAGGGUUUUCUGAGAGAGGUGUAAAACUUCAUUACAAAGAUUCGAUUUUUCAUCGAGUAGUCCAGAAUGGUUGGAUACAAGGAGGAGAUAUAGUACAGGGAAGAGGAGAUGACGGAGAGUCUAUUUAUGGGCCAAUAUUUGAAGAUGAAAACUUUUCAAUUCCUCAUAACAAAAGAGGAGUUCUUGGAAUGGUCAAUAGAGGUCAUCAUACCAAUGCCUCACAAUUCUACAUCACACUGCAAGCAACUCCCUAUCUGGAUAAAAAAUACGUGGCUUUCGGGCAACUAAUCGAAGGAACUGAAGUUCUUAGACAACUGGAAUUAGUGCCAACAGAGAAUGAGAGACCGACGCUUCUCUGCAGUAUUGCAGACAGUGGAAUUCUUUAUACCUGA